CAACACUGCUUACUGCGCAGGGCUGGCAUAAUAAAUCAGCUAUCAGCUGGAGUAAUUGGUUAUUUUUUUUGUUGUGCGCUGGCUGAAAGAAAAAAUCGCAGAGCCAGUGUUUUGCUGGCGAUUUAAACUCGGAAACACCAGCAAAUAGUCGGCUACUUGCGGCGGAACCCACGGUAACGAUGGUUCAAGUGGGCAAACGGAUUUGCAACCUGCUUUUGCUGGCCACUGCGAUGGCGUCAGCAUAUGCCGACGUCACAACGCAAAACGCUCUAUUGGGUGGAAGUAAGAAACACAAGGAGACCAGCCCCGAUAACUCAGUUGGCGCUGCUAUAUCGCCCAAUUUGGUGUGCCACAAGAUGCUGAGGCACGUGUUCGAAAACGCCACGCCGCGGGAUGAGCAGCAAGCGGGUUUGUUCGAGGAGUACAAGCCACCGCCGGAUGCGGUGGAGCCCCUGGAGGAGGAGGCCUAUCUUUGGAACUGCCUACAGGCUUGCUGCGAAAAGCCCCGGAAUGGCAGCAGUGCCUGCAAUGUGGUCCUCGUCUUUAAGGCCAAAUGCUACCAUAUCCGAUGCAAGAGCAACGAGGCCUGCUUGCCCAAGCUCAGGGUUCGGAUGCCCAACGAAAAGGUUCAGAUGGUACUGGUCAAUCCACUGGGCGACGCCACCUGGCCACAGCUCCUCAAGGCGGAGGCAGCCAAACAGAAUGCUGAGAUCCUACCAUACGAUGAAGCGGCACUUAAUUUCUGGAAGCAGCCCAGAAGGUUGAGCUACCUGGCUCGCAAUCAGGAAACCCCCGUUUAUGAGGACGAAGAUUUCCCAUUGGCCGACAAGCGAAUGAAUCAAAUGAUCUUCCAACCCGACGAAAACGAUGUUCUGGCCAACGAAGAGCUCGGCUACUACGAUUCGAAUGCCAAGUUUACCACCUGCGACAUGGAGACACCUUGUCCACCACCGCAACAAUGUGUACCACUACAGCCAAAUGCCGUGCGAGGAGUGUGCACUUGUCCAGAAGGCUUUGUGUGGAAUAAACAGAGGAAGUGCGUAAUGGCAGCGGUUCCAUAUAGCUCAUAUCUCACCAGCAAUGAGGCGGGACAGCAAGAAGCGGCUGCUAGUGAGAACUCACCGGAGGUAUCAGCGCCGCCUUUGAAGGCUGAGCAGAACAAGGAUAUCGUAGUCUCUGUAAUGUCCAAGGAAGUUCGUCUGCCGGAGCAGGAGGUGACCCUAGCUGCGUUUACGGUUCCCGAUGAGCAAACCAGCGAUACCAAGUACAAAUAUCUUUGGACACUUAUUUCACAACCCAAGGGUCCGAUGAAUGGCACUAUUUCGGAUCAGAGCAAAUCGAAGGUUAAGCUAUCGAAUCUUUCGGAGGGACUGUAUACUUUUAAAGUCACUGUAACUGGAGACAAUGGAACCUUUGGCGAGGCAACUGCCAAUGUUACAGUGCUUCCCGAGAAUCGAAUCAAUCAGCCACCACAAGUCAUCAUUUCGCCGAGGGAGCAGAUCAUCCGUCAGCCCACCACCAAUGCCAUACUCGAUGGCAGCACCAGCACGGAUGAUGAUAAGAUCACCAAUUGGCACUGGGAGGUGAUCUCGGGACCGAUUGGUUACCAACCAGUUUUGCCAGAGGUUAACACACUCCAGUUGGAUCUGACUUCGCCGGGAAACUACACCUUCAAGCUAACCGUAACCGAUUCAAAUAACGUGACCAAUUCAACCACUGCCACGAUAGCAGUUCUUAAGGAGACGGAUUAUGCUCCGGUGGCAAAUGCCGGCGAUGCCGUCAUUUUGUAUUUGCCCAACAAUAAUGUCACUCUGAAUGGCACAGCAAGUUCGGAUGAUCACGAGAUCGUUGCCUGGGAGUGGACCAAGGAUGCUAGCGACGAGGCCAAGGCUGUGGAUAUGCAGAGAACAAGAACACCCUAUGUUCAGCUGUCCAAUUUGGAAGAGGGCAUGUACACUUUUGUUCUAAAAGUAACCGAUGGCAGUGGGCAAUCGAGUACAGCUAAGGUCCAUGUGUUUGUGAAGCCUCCCACAAAUUCUCCACCAGUUGCUGAGGCAGGAACCAAUACGACUACUAGCUUGCCCAUUAAUUGGGUGGUUCUGAAUGGCUCGGAUUCCAAGGACGAUAUUGGCAUCAAAAGUUAUUUAUGGAAGCAGCUGAGCGGGCCCAAUAAUGCAGUCAUUUUGAAGUCCAACUCAUCAAUUGCCAAUGCCACUUUCCUGACUCUGGGACUCUAUGAGUUCGAGUUAACCGUAUCUGAUGAAAAUAAUAACACCGCUACGGACACCACGUGGGUGAAGAUUGUUCAAGAACGCAACGCAGCUCCAAUAGCCAACGCCGGUGGAGAUCACACCGUCACCCUGCCGGCCACCGCCAUCUAUUUCAAUGGCUCUAAAUCCUGGGAUGAUCUGGCAGUGGUCAAGUAUCUGUGGACACGCGACGAGCACAGUCUGGCAGCGGGCGUCAUUGUGGCAGAUACCGACAAGGAGCCCGUAAUGAUUUUGACCAAUUUAGUACAAGGCCGCUAUGUAUUCACACUGACUGUGAGCGACGAUCAGGGUUUGACCAGUUCAGAUACUGUCAGCGUGAAUGUCCGCAGCGAUCCCAAGCUGUUGAACUUGGUUCAAAUGACCCUGCCUAUGGGCAUCUCUGUGCUCGUACAAUCCGAACUGGAUUCGGUGGUGCAAAAACUGCAGUUGCUGCUGGGAGAUGAGAAUAAGAUCCAGGUCAGGGAACUAAAAUAUGACUUGCAUACGGACGCUACUGUCCUGGUCUUCUAUGUGAACGAUGGACAGGGUAAGGUAUUGGAUGGUUUGCAAGUGGAGCGGCAGUUGAGAGCCCAACUGCAGAAGGAUGCUUCUAUACUGGGCGCAUUUGCCGUGGAUAUUCGCACCUCCGUUUGCCAGAAUGAUUGCUCCGGUCAUGGCUCGUGUAAUCCCAUUACAAGAGCUUGCAUAUGCGAGGCGUUCUGGAUGCCGUCGGCUGGCUUCUUCUUUAAUAGCCAGGAGGCCAACUGCGACUGGUCCAUAUUAUAUGUGUUUGUUGGUGUGAUUGUGGGCUGCCUCUUGCUAUCUGGAGUAUUUUGGGGCAUAGCCUGUGCCUGCAGGCAAUCGAAAAAGCCCCGUCUUCGCCAGAAAGUACAAAAGUAUUCAUUGAUUGGUAAUAAGGAUGAAGAAGCAGCCAAUUAUUCUCGAAACACAUCGCUGACGGAAUCGGAGACGGAUUCCGAUGUCCUCUUUGAGACCCGCACCAAGUCCAAUGGUCUGGGCAAGCACAAGUCGCACAAUUCUCACAGUCAUGGACAUGGAAGUAGUGGAGGCAGCGGAUCUUCCGGCCGGGAUGGUCAUAAAUACGGAACACAAAAGCUGGGCCGCAAGAUCAAGGCAUAAAAGUAUAUGCAUCAGGAUAAGGAGAUCAAAUAUGUGUGUGUUAGUCGAUCUACUAUACCGUGUGUGUGAUAUCUAUUUGUAUUUCUAUAAUGAACUCGGAUCUUUUGUACUUUCCGCAAAACUCGUCUGAAGUCAAGUUGUCUAUAAGUUCCUUUACGUGCAAUUAUUUUAAUUUAAGAGCCAUUGUUUAUAUUAUUUUAAGCUGCUGCUGUGCAACAAAUAUUAUUUUUAAUGUUUAUUUCUACUGCGAUACUUUUUAUGUGUGUAUAUAGACAUAGCUGUUCACAAUCAAUGAAUCAAUGUAACAAACGACAUGUAACUGCUUAAAAGUGCAUUAUUACCCACAUUAAACGAAACUAAUAGAUGAAA